AUGUAUAUUACACUGAAUGAAAAAGGCAAGAAUCUGCUUGUGAUGAGUUCUCAGAGUUUAAAAAGUUCUGCAAAUAAUACAUUUGUUCGGCCAGAAAUGUUUUAUAUAAGAGGCUUACAGGAGUUGUCUUUUGCUUACUGUUUUUAUAUUUUUUUAUUUAUUAUGUAUAUUUUUGCAGUGUUUUCAAAUAUAUUUCUCAUUAUAUUAAUAUAUUUAGAUCAAAGUCUUCACAAUCCAAAAUAUCUUGCUGUUGUUCACUUGGCAUUAGUUGACUUAGGCACAACUACAGCUGUCAUUCCUAAACUGAUAGAAAUGUUUCUUUUUAACUCCAGUUUUAUUUCAUAUGAAGCGUGUUUAGCUGAUAUGUUUUUUGUUCAUUUCUUUAACUCAAUGCAGUCACUUUCACUGUUAAUAUUAGCUUAUGACCGCUUUCUUGCCAUAUGCUUCCCUCUUCAAUAUCACAGCAUUAAUUCUAACAGCAGGAUGGUAGGAAUCAUAGUGUCACUCUGGAUGUUUGCUGCAGUCAGUUUUUCCAUUACUGUGCUUCUAAUCAGAAGACUCAACUUCUGCCAGUCCACAGUGGUAAACAGUUAUUUUUGUGAUCAUGGACCCGUGUACUUCUUAGCUUGCAAUGACAUUUACCCAAACGUAACGAUUGCUUGGUUUGAUACAGUUGUGUUUCUUUUUUUACCUUUAUUCUUCAUUCUCUGUUCUUAUAUAUUCAUUGGUGUUACACUGUUUAAAAUGAGAUCAACUGAUGGAAAGCAAAAAGCACUAAAAACCUGCAUUUCACACAUCAUCUUGGUUGUAAUAUUUUAUGUUCCUCUGGCUAUUACGUAUGUUUUGUCACAGUUUAUUGAUUCCAAUAUAAGAAUUCUUAAUAACUCUCUGUCUGCUACAAUUCCAUCAAUGCUGAACCCAAUUAUUUACACACUAAAAACUGAUGAGAUGAAGACAGCUAUGAAGAAAGUAGUCAAAAUCAAAUUUCUGGCAUAG